GAGAGAGAGAGAGAGAGGGUGGGGGUUCACUGAGGGUUUCAUUGGGUUCUGAGUUGGCAGUAUCGCGUUUGAUGGCUCUGUCGCUCUGAACGGAUGCACAAUUCCCCUCACAUCUCCAUCGACAGCAUUUUGACAUUAUAACGCCUUCAUGAUGAGACAUAUCUUCUGCUAAAGUGAGAUCUGACGAUGGAAUAUGGACACUGCGGAGCUGUCAAACUCUCUUUUGAUCGCGUACGAUGAUCACCAUGGCAAUAAUUACGCGUCAGAAGAACAGCGCUACAUUUGCUGCCGUGUGUCGAGCGCGUAAGGGCGCGCUGUGUGUCAGAUAGUGACCAUCACCACAUAGUGCGUGAAAGAGGUUGCCUGUGCGUGAUUCUGUGUUCAUACGACGAGAUGAACAGGCGCGCGUGAACACAAGUCGCGUUUCUGCAGUCGCAUUGGACCUCCGCGUAUCUGGGCUUUACUGCCAUUAGGUGAAGCGGCACCGGCUGUUGCGCAUCCUGUCGGUGGAAACCCGGUGUGGAUGGGUGGUUCCGCAUUUUGAGGAGGUCCCCCGCCUCGCACAGAGAGACCACCCGGAUUCUGCGGAGGAAUGCCUCAAGACGGAGAGGAGCGUCUUCAAGUUGCGUCGAUAAGGGUAUUGGAGAAGUGCAGUAGGCGACUGCAUAGACAGACUGUGCACACAGCAGCACAUUAAAGGCCUGGACAGCAGCCAGUCGUGACUUUUUUUCCUGGCGACAUAAACACGCACCCCACCGCGUUAGGGUUGCGUUUGGACGCGUUCCCUCCGCGCAACAGCUGCAAGUUUGUGUCAGCAGGUGCAAGACCUGACUUUGCCCUGUGCAUCUAUCUAUCUAUCUAUCUAUCUAUCUAUCUGCCACGUACUGUGAGACUACCACAAACAUCUUCAGUCUGAUAAACUCAAACACACAGUGUCAGCAAGUGUGUGAGAGCUAGUCAAGAUGCAGGUCUCAUUUGCUUGUACGGAGCACAAUCUGAAGAGCCGCAGCGAGGACCGGCUGUGUGGCCUGCGAACUGCCCCUCCACCAGGGGGCAGCAGCAGUGGAGGAGGUGGAGGAGGAGGAGGGAGCGGACAGGGGGGAAAUGGCAACUACCCCCCUCAGAGCUCAGUCAAAACACGGCCCCUGCCUCAAGGCCACGCCCACAUGAAGGAGGCUUUUGGACGGCACAGUAGCAUGAAAUACAGAAACCUUGGAAAGUCGGGUCUACGUGUUUCUUGCUUGGGACUUGGCACCUGGGUGACAUUUGGAUCUCAGAUCUCUGAUGAGAUGGCAGAGAGUCUGAUGACGAUAGCCUAUGAGAAUGGAGUGAAUCUGUUCGACACAGCAGAAGUGUAUGCUUCAGGCAGGGCUGAAAUCACUCUAGGGAAUAUCAUUAAGAAGAAAGGCUGGAGACGGUCCAGUUAUGUAGUAACGACUAAGAUCUACUGGGGAGGACAGGCAGAGACAGAGAGAGGCCUGUCUAGAAAACACAUCAUAGAAGGUCUCAGAGGCUCUCUGUCUAGACUACAGCUGGAUUAUGUGGAUAUUGUCUUUGCCAACCGAAACGAUGUCAACAGCCCUAUGGAAGGUCUAUCAUUGCUUUUACAUCUUUCAUGGCAUGUGUUACCAAUGCAUAAUUUAUGCUAUAUCGCUUAUCAUGAGCACUGUUGUGUGUUUGUUCUUUCAGAGGUAGUACGUGCGAUGACAUUUGUUAUAAACCAGGGUAUGGCCAUGUACUGGGGAACGUCACGCUGGAGCGCCAUGGAGAUCAUGGAGGCGUACUCUGUAGCGAGGCAGUUUAACUUAAUCCCACCGGUAUGUGAGCAGGCCGAGUAUCACUAUUUCCAGAGGGAUAAAGUCGAGGUGCAGCUGCCAGAGCUCUACCACAAGAUCGGUGUUGGAGCGAUGACCUGGUCUCCUCUCGCAUGUGGGCUGAUCACAGGAAAAUACAGCGAUGGCGUUCCAGACUGUUCAAGAGCCGCAAUGAAAGGUUAUCAGUGGCUAAAGGAGCGAGUGUACAGUGAAGAAGGGCGCAGACAGCUUGCAAAAAUCAAAGAGCUCCAUCUGGUGGCUGACAGGCUGGGCUGCACGGCUGCUCAACUUGCCAUUGCGUGGUGUUUGCGCAGUGAAGGGGUCAGUUCUGUACUUCUAGGUGUCUCAAAUACAGACCAACUUCUUGAGAACCUCGGAGCGCUUCGGGUGCUGUCUCAGAUGACGCCUCAGACUGUGAGCGAGAUGGAUGCUCUCCUGGGCAACAAGCCUCACUCCAAGAAAGAGUCACGUGCGUGAGGGAACUAGAGAGAUGACAUGAACAUGUGCAGCCAGAAAAGACAAAGAAAGCAAGGGGGGGGAAAGACGGAACACGGCGUACCAUCGCUUUUCUGCUCUCCCGUAUAUUACAACACCUGCAUGCCUUCUUCAACAUGCUUCCAGCCCAUUCCGCACUGCUCUCUGUAACCCUACUCAAAUAUCCCAACAUAACCUACCAAUUAAACAUGGAAACGGCUGUCCGCAACAUCACAGAAAUGCGACGAACGAGAACUUUUCCGUUUCUUUAUUCGGAGAGACUGAAGUUUCAGUCUUCCAGGAGGACGUACUGCCGAUUGAAGGAGGUGAAUGAGAGUGUCAAAAAACUUCUUUAUCAGCAGGCCCAGAUGGAAUCUGUACUUUUUUGCAGUUUCCAUUGUGGAAUUCCGCUGUUUUCACUACGGAAUGCCACUGUUGCAACCGCGGAAUUCUGUGCAAUGGAUCAAAUGUGAUAAAAUGACUUAAAUGAAGCUAAGAGUGCUAUGUUAUUAUUGGCAGCUGGAAGCAUUAUCGAAUAUUUAUUAAACGAACAAUGUGCCGGGCGAAUGAUGUGUAAAAGUUUGCGAAUCGUAGGCAUUCUGCGGAAAUCUGCUCAGAUUCCGCGUGGGCCUGGAUGUGCGGGUGUGUGUUCAACAAAGUAUGAACGAGUGUUUGCGCGCGUGGAUGAAGUGACUCUUUCGCUCCGACUCUCCAUUGCUGGUGUUGCACCUGAGUGACUUGGAAAAUGGAAGCCAGGUGGACUUUACACAAGUGAAGAUGUUUCUGAGAUGCCCGUCCCUUUUGUUGGGGCGUUCGCCGCCUGUCACAUUUCAUUCUCGCGGUGCAGGAGAGCGUGGCAAAGACUCCGGCGUGUGACGGGAGCAACAUGCAGCAACUGCAAACAGCUGUUUGGACACAUCACAAGUCUUCCUCCAUUUCCCUCCUUUCCAUCUCUCCUUGUGUUUACAAUGGUGCACCUGUCCCUUUAAGAGAAGUUAGGGGAGGGGCGUGUGAGUGUGUAUAUGGUACCUUGCAAACAUAUUCAGACCUUCACCAAUUCACGCAUUUAAAAAUGCGUCUUUUAGUCACUGUUACUAUUGCUAUCAAACAACUGAUCAGAACUCAUCCCACAUGAAAGAUACCUCAAACCAUGUGACUUGUUUAAGAGAGGUGUGCUAUUAGUUUUCUAAGUGAUUUUAAUUUAAAAAAUAAAAAUAAAAAAUAGAAGACCCCAAUGGUAAUAGUCUUAUUUAAAUGAAUUAAAUACAUAAAGGAUUUAAAUGGAUUUAGGGGAAUAAAGAAAAAGAAAGAACAGUAAAAGAAUAAGAAUCAAUUUAAAUGUUUAAGAAUGAAUUUGAACUUUUUUGCAGAUAAUAUUAAAAAAUAUGCACACAUUCAAUAUUUUGAAAACUCAAAAGAGAAAAAUGCUUCUAGUCUCGUCACAUUCAGUUAUGAAUGAUAUAAAAACACAUAAAUGACAACCUAUUUUUUUCAAUUCAGAAAGACAAAAGUUGAGUAGUUUGCAUCGCUUGAUAUUACUGUUGGUCGUUAGUAAAACCGUUAAAUGUUUAUACUACUAACAUCUUACCUCGCAUUUUACUUAAAACUGAAACGCUUGAUGAAAGUGUGAUAUAAACCAUUCCAAACACAGAUUUCGUAUGAACAAUGUUGCACAAUUGCACAAUGUCAUUCGUACGGAUAUGUACAAUUGUUUAGGAAAAACAUAAGCAUGAUCCCUAACCCCGCUCCCUAAACCUAACUGUCAGUGUAAUGCAUGAAUAAUAUUUGUAUGAAUUCAUACAAAUUAGCCACCAAUUCGCCAAAUAACGCAAAAUAGUUAUUAACAUGCCAUGAGAAUGAGUUGUCGCAAUGGUAUAGAAACAGCAUUUUUCUACUUUAGUUUGAAAAUCUAAAAUCUUUUAUUCUUUUGUUUGGAACUGAAACUGAAAAUUUGAAUGCAAACAUCGUUAAAGUCGUGAUAAAAAGAAAGUAGCACAGCGUGAGGGCGGGACAACCUGUCACUCACAUGAGAUCCACCAAUAGCAAACCACAACCAUCCAAACAUCCAAUCAAUUCCCACAACAAAAUCAAGUCCCGCCCAUUUCACGCAGAUGCAUGUUUGGGAAGUAUGACUGGGCCAGAUAUGUUUGCUCGAAUAAUAGCAGGCAAAGAGGAUCAUUAUUUUUUCAAAUCUGUUUUUGGUGCUUGUUUUGUGCAGAAGAUACAUACUUAUCUGCACGAUUUGUAAUUCAUUAUAAUUUAAAAAUUGGUUCUUGGUCUGAAUACUUUUGUAAGGCAUCACAUGUGUGGGGCUUGGCUUCAGCGGUCAGCAUCCUUUGCACUAAGUGGACAGAGUCAUAAUUUAAAGGUCAUAGUUCACAAAUAGUCAUGAAGGGUCAUAGGUUAACAUGACCAGAGAACUGUGCUAGUAUUGCUUUGUGUGUUUGACAAAUACACGCUGCGUCAGUGACAAUGAAAAGCGAAGCGCUUCACUUUUAACGUGUUUGUGUCAUUCCAUGAUUUCAGACAGAAAGACACAGAUUGGCUUAAUAUCUUUUGUUCAUUUCCCAUCAGUCAUUACUGAAUAUCACAAUGUGCAGUGCCUCAGAAUGUGGCUCUUAAAUCCACCUGCUGUUACCACAGAAAAUCAUUUGGACUGAUCCUCAGCUUGCAAAAAUAAAAAUGUUGUUUAAAGUAAUGCAUUUAAAAUGACAUUAAGGGCAAACACACCACAAGGUUUAAAGCUGUAAUGUGAAGCUCGGCUGAUGCUUUGUGCAGAGAAGGGUAGUAUUUUCUCACAUUAGGCUUUUAAAAUUGUAUGUAUUUUAACAUUUGUCAUAUUGCAAUGCCUUGCCCCAUAGACUUCCACUAUAGCGAGUGCAUUACUGUGAAAAUGCAUCUUUUAUUUUUGCAAACUAAAGCUACAAGGAAAAAAAAAUUCUGUGGUAAUUUGACAGCAUGCUGCUAAACCCUACGGAAGCUCAUUUCCGCCACGGAAUAAAAAAUCAAAAAGUUAAUUGUGACUUUUUACCUUGCAAUUCUGAUUUUAUUUCUCGCAAUUGCUAGUAUAUCUCACAUUUCUGACCUUUUUUCCCAUUUCCGAGUUUAUAACUUGCAAUUCCUCAUAAGUGUGAGAGAUAAACUGGGAAUUGCGAGAAGAAAAUCAGAAUUGUGAAAUACAAACUGAGAAUUCUGUUAUAAAAUAGUCAGAAUCGUGAGAUAAAAAGUCACAAUUACCUUUUUUUAUUUUUUUAUUCCGUGGCUGAAACAAGCUUCCAUAGUACCCAGUCAAAACAAAAAGACAAAAACAUUUAGCUCAGCACAAAAAACAGGCACAGACAGAAUUAUACCCUUUAUAUUGAACUGAGAUCAGUUUUGCAAUCUUUUAAUCUCGGUCAUAUGUGUUGAAUUUGAGAAACUGGACCUAGGACCUGGACCAAGAUUCACUGUAUUUGUUACACUUACAAUCUGGUUCUUUAUUUUUAUGUUGUUUGAAAUUUCAAGCAUAAGCUUUACGCUGCGUUCACACUGCCAGCGACUAUGUUCAGACUGCAAAUCCAAAUCAGAUUUUUUCUCAAAUCAGAUCUUUUUUUUAGGCAGACUGUCCGCACUGUUAAUUGCAAGUGAUCAAAUAAGACUUGUCCAGUGAUGCAAAAGACAGUUUAAAAUCCGAUUUGAGAAGCCAGAGCAUCCAGACUGACACACAUCUGUAAAAAUCUGAUUGGAAUCGCAUUUAAAACCACCUCCACGGUUGGAAUCAGAUUGGAAAAAAAUCAGAUUUCAUGGUUGUUGUUUUUUUUUUUUGCUGUUCAGACUUUCAAAAACUGAUCUGGAUAAAAUCUAAGAAAAGAAAGUGUUGCUGGCAGUCAUUUAAGGCAGUCCCAUAUUGGUUGCCCAACGUUUAUGAAUGACAUUCACAGAUGUUAUUCCAUGUUGUAGACAACGAAUAAGUUUUCUUGCCACUAAAAACAAUCAUUUUGGAGGGAAAAGUCUAAUAUAAAUGGAAUCAGUACAAAAAAUGCUUAAAAUUAAAGAAGAAACAGCGAGUGCUCUUUGCCAUCACGGCUUUUUAUCUGCGGCAAAAGCACCGCCAGUCUGUCUGGGUUCAAAAAACCAUUCUGGAUUGGACUCAGCAUGGCAAGUACCACUGUAUGAACAUGGAGACAUAUCAUAAAUUACAGGACAGUUGCUAAACGCAACUGAUUUCUACUCAAAUCUAGCCCAAAACUAGCCCAAUUGCAUUUCAGGGGGUCCCCCUGGUAAUAAUCACAUUCUGGGAGGUAAAAUUUGUGUUUUUGGCAGGGUUCCCCUGGUAAAAUUCACAUUCCAGGAGCUAAAUAUCAUGUUAUUUGGGAUUGCUUCAACCCGCGGACAUGAAAAACAACCUGCGGUAAUAGUGUUAAAGUAGCUACAUUCCGCGGGAAAACCGUGGACUUGGCAACGCUCUCCACUACAGGACGUAGUAACGGAUCACGUGCACUCCACUGACUUUACUCCUAUAGAUGGUCGCUCCUGAAACUCGCUUUUCAUUUGCCUAAAGAUAAACAUGAGUGGUGCACAGAUGACACAAGUUUAUUAGCAUCACUGGUUCCCUCGACAAAAACCCAAUAGAAUUUUUCCAUAGGUUUUUGGAUUAUCACAAAAAAAUACAGCUCUCCAUUGAAAUGAAGGAGAUUGUAUCACUUUGUUGCUGGUAGUGUGAACGCAGCUUUACUCUAUUAAACAGGGAAUGCACAGCAUAACAGAUCUGAGAUCAGUUUUGCUGCUUUUCUUAGCAUACCUAAAGUUAAAGGGCGAAUGGUCAAGCUGGUCCUGUGUCAGUUCUGAAUGAAGUAACACAAGUCCCUUUAGCGGUAAUCCAAGUUCACCUCUGUAUUCAGCACUGGCUGGUUCUAAUGUCUCUUUGUAUUUACAGUUCUCAAUGACUUCUGGAAGUAUUGCACCUGAGUUGGUUACUGAAACAUCUUUUGGCAAGAUGGAAAGGCAUCGAAAUGACUGAUCUUUUUUAACCAACGUGCAUAAUCAUUAGCAGGACUGAACUAUCAUUAGUGUAUAUCACUAAUGUAUAUAUACAUUUAGUGCACUCCCUCAUAUGGUAAUUUUGCCUGAAUAUGUUAAAUUUACUGUCAUGCAACAAGAAAAAAUGAAAAAGAAAAAAAAAUCAACAACAACAAACAAACAAGAAACAUGCCCUGUACUGAAUGUAUCUUGCUUGCCUUUAAAAUGUGUGGAGAAAA